AUGCUGAAGGAAGCUCUACAGGUCGAGCCAGACUCGAUGUUAGUGAUAGAGAGCCUUGCGGAUCAUCUUCGCAUUUUCGCAGAUUAUGCAGACUCCGAUGAGAUGCUCACAGAGUCAGCGAAGAUCUUGGAAAAGGCCUACAAUGAGAGUGAAGAUCCAAGCGACAGCCUCAGCGAUGCCCAGGCCUUGACUUUUAUGCAACAAUUUAAGAGAAGAGGUAAACCCGAAGACAUCGAAGUUGCCAUUCAGCGAUUUCGCACGUUGGUUGAUCGGUCGCAUAGUCGAGUAGAGGAUCAAGCACAGUAUCUUUUGAAGCUUUCUCAGUGCCUAUUGUUAAGAUUCGAGGCCUUUGAGAAACAAGAUGACCUCGAUAAAGCUCAAGUCGAGGCUACCAGAGCCUUUUCUCUUGAAACUACCCCUCAAUUCAUUAAGGGGGAUUGUAUUCGUCUUCAGGGACUGAUUUCCAACGCACGAUACAAGUGGAGCAAUAAUCCCGAAUACCUUGAUCAGGCAAUAACGCAGUACCGAGAGUCAUUGGAAAAGGUCAGCGACAAGAACAAGCAUCUGGUUCGCAAUGAUCUCGCAAAUGCGUAUUAUCUCAAGUUCAAGAGAACGUUGCUACUUGACGAUCUUUCUGAAUCAAUCAAGGGGUAUGACUUUGCCCUCCACGAGCUCCAACAAAGUGGAAGAAAAGAUUCCAAGAAAGACAGCUUAAUGAUCUCUCAUGGAUUAGCCAUCUCACUUACUGCACAAUUCGAGGUCACUCAACAGCAACAAGACAUUGACCGGGCUAUCACUUGCUACGAGAAAUGCUUUCAGGGCGCCGCAAAGAAAACCAUACAUGGUUUGAUUCGGGCCAAUAACCUCGCCCUCGCCUAUCAGGAACGAUACAAACUCACGGGACAGAUUGACGACGUGAAAAAGUCUCAGACCGUCUUGCUUGAAGUACUCGCAUGGGGCCUUGAUGUGCACCCAAAUAACCGAUGUAACAUGCAUAACAAUCUCGGGCGGGCAUUUCUACUCUCAUACAUCGAGCUCAAAGAACCUUCGUACUUGGACUAUGCAGAAGAGCAUUUCCGCAAGGCUGAUGCAACGGGUUGCACCCUCCCUGACUUUCAGAUAGCGGCUUCAGUGAACCUCUCCCGGGUUUUGCUACUGAAGGCCAGGCAAACAAAACAACGCCGGGACCAGCUUGCUGUUUUACUUCAACUCACAAAAAGCCUCAGCUAUAUAGGGAACAUGCAAAACAUAACUAAUUAUUCUCACACGGAUGGAAUCAUCUACAAUACCCUGGAGUUUAUCCUCGAUUCUUGGAUGGAUUCAGGCUACAGUGCAGAAUCCACCUCUGGACAGCUUUAUUUGACCGCAAGCAAAACACUGAUCCCUCAUUUGAAAACUCUCCAAAGUUCCGCCAUUGCCCGCUUCUAUAUUUUCGCCGCGAUUGCGCAGCAUGUUGUUGCAAAACAGCCAGGGAUUGCUCGCGAUGUGAUCCGCACGACCGCCGAAAUCUUACCCAAGAGCAUGCUCCUCAGCUUUGAUCGCAAGGAUAUCCUCAAUAACCUCGGGAAUUUCGUCGGUCUGCCAUCCUUUGCCAUCGCCUGCUCACUAGCCGCAGGGGACUCACCAUACAUCGCCCUCGAGCUCUUCGACAAAGUGCGCAGUGUCAUGUGGGACAGCGUGCUAUCUAACAAGAUGACUCUCCGAGAAAAGGAAAUUGAGAACUUUCCCGAACUGAGAGAUAGAUUGACACAAGUGCUAAAGCCUCUUGCUGGGGCCAAGGGUUCGCAGAAGACGCCAUCAGUGAGUGAAAUAGGUGGAAUGCUAGUACAGCAACAUGAAAUCUAUCGACAAGGUGUGGAAUACCAGCAACUUUGGGAGAAGCUAGAAUCGCACCCGGAGCUCGAAAGGUUUACAUGUUUGCCGGAAGAGGUGUCUGCCCUCGCCGAAUAUGCCGAGGAAGGUCCUGUCAUCAUCGUGAACUACGGACUCUUCCGUAGCGAUGCCAUUAUUCUGACCAAGGAAGGAGUGGAGUCGGUUUCCCUUCCAUUGCUCACUGGACAAGAAUUGGAAGAAAAUGAUAAUCUGUACUUGGAAGCCCUCAGCAUCAUGAGUAUCGAUCUCUCCGUUGCCACCCAGAAAAUGAACCAACUUCUCGAAUGGAUCUGGGAUGCCGUUGCAGAACCAAUCUUUGAUCGCCUUGGGUUCUGUGGCAUCUUAACCGAUGCAGAGGAUCUUCCACGAUCAUGGUGGAUCACCACUGGUCGCAUCGGAACGUUUCCACUCCAUGCUGCAGGAAACCCUCGCAAGGGGGCCGCUUGUAACGUUCUCGAUCGGACUGUACCGUCUUACAUCAAUGGACUUCGCGCCCUCGAAUACACCCGCAGUCGACGCAGUACUCGACCAGAUGUCCCGUCCAGAUCUGAGAAGCGUGCACUCUUGAUUUCAAUGGAAUCAACGCCAGGGAUGGGAGAAGAGGGAAACCUCCCAGGCGCUGCGAGGGAAGUAACCAAAAUCGAAGAGAUUUUCAAUCGCAGCGGUGGAAAAAGUAAACUCCUACACAGUCCAAGUCGUGUCGAGGUCCUACGACAUCUUAGCCGAGCAGACUUUGCCCACUUCGCCUGUCAUGGUGUCUGCGACGGAGAUGAUCCUGCCCGAAGCGCGCUCCGUCUGACAGACUGGCAGACGAAGCCACUUGAUGUUGAAUGUCUUCUUCAACAAAUCCAGAAAAACCAAAGCGACGUGAGACUGCAACUUGUGUAUCUCUCAGCAUGUGAGAGUGCAUCAAAUAAGUCUAAAUUCCGCGACGAAGGACUGCAUAUAGCUGGUGGGUUUCAAAUGGCCGGAGUUCCCCACGUCAUUGCUACUCUUUGGCCCGUGGACGACACAUUUAGCUUCAACAUGGCUGCACGGUUUUAUCAACAGCUCAGUGCGCUGGGAUCAAAUUGCGACCCCACGCAAUCAGCUAAAGUGCUUCGACAGGCUGUUGUCGAAAUGAGAGGUUCGGGUGCAAGUUCAUUGCUUUGGGCCACAUACAUACAUCUGGGUCCGUAA